AUGAUGUGGAAUAAACUUAUUUGGAUUAAAAUGAUUUUGGUCUGUGCAAUCGAUUUUCAGACUUUCAUGUACCAAGUCAAAUCGGAUAGUACAACGGAAGCAGGAACUGCAUCAUUUCUAAUUAGAUCUAUCAUAUAUACAGACAUUAAUGGAACAUACUAUCAAUGGAAAUCAGAAUUACAGGAUGUUCUUUCAACUGACUACAUGACAUUGGCUACCAAUCUUUGCAAUCUGACUAUUGAAAGUUCAUAUCUUGGUGAUCCAAUAAUUACAAAGAAUGCAAAAUGUUUCAAUAUUAUUUUCCUUCCAUUUGAUAUUACUAAUCAACAAUUAAGAACAACAUCAAAUGAAAUUGAUAAUGUAACCAUUACUGGUGUUCAAGGGAAUGUAAAUAUAGAAUUGAUUUCUAUUAAUGCUUCAUUUAUUAAUGAAUCUAUAUUAUAUAACAUACUAGUUAAUGGUUAUAAUCAAUUGAACAAAACAUUGAAUAUAUUUGUUAUGAAUAUUGAGAUAUAUCAUCAAUUAUUUAUAAUGAAUGAAGUUCCAGUUAUUGAUUCUGAACUCAUUUGUAUAUAG